AGAUAGCAAAUCGGAUUUCAAAGAAACGAGUCGACCAGGGACAGAGUGAGAGACAAAAAGCGAAAGAGGGAAUAUCAGACGUCCUCGACAUUGUUUUACGAUGGCCAAUCUUUUACUCUUGAUGAUUUCUGCCACCAUAGUUGCUAUUACUUCUGGUCUCACAAUAGACGUAGAGGGCCCAAUCAAUGGUCCGUGUUCGCUCUGCCCAAAAGGAGCCCCCGGUCCCCCUGGCCCAAAGGGCGACGUCGGCCUGCCUGGAAGAGAUGGCCGAGAUGGGAGGGACGCUUCGUACAAUGCCCAACAACCAGUCACCGCUGUCAAAAGUAGUGGCGUUGUGUAUAUACGAUGGGGUAAAGAUGUUUGCGUUAAUGGAUCAGAACUGGUUUAUGCUGGUACUGCAGCAGGAGCUCGCUGGACCCAUGAGGGAGGUGGUGCUAACUAUCUGUGUAUGCCAACUGAUCCUAUUUAUGAUGAAUAUCAGUGUGGUACUGGUGCACUUCGCGCUCUGCUGUACUCGUCCGAAUAUGAGACAGAAACCUCCAUAAUUCGUCUACGUGAAGUCCACGACUACGCACCAAAAUGUGCAGUCUGUAGGGCGCCCUCUGGUCGAUCUACCAAAUUGAUGAUCCCUGCACGUAACAAGUGCCCUUCUGACGAGUGGCGUCUGGAGUACAGCGGUUACCUCAUGUCAGAGUAUCAAACCCACAAACGUUCAGAGUUUGUCUGUUUCGAUCAUGACAUGGAAGGCGCAGCUGGUACAGCCGGAGACCAAAACGGGGCUCUCUUCUACACGGUAACAGCCGUAUGUGAGGCAGCAACUGGGCUUCCGUGUGAUCCCUAUAUUAAUGAUCAGGAACUGACAUGUGCAGUCUGUACGAUUUAGAAAUUGUUACCAUAGUAACAGUGCUUCUCAGCCAGUCAACGUCAAGGAAAGUUGUCAGAUCUGACAA